AAGGGUCAAAAAGCCUCCGCCUUUGCUCUCUCUCUCUCUCUCUCUCACACACACACGCACAGACUCUCUCCAUUCCCCAAGAACUCCCAACUCCGGCGACCGGCGAGACCACCUCGAAGCCGCCGCGCCGCGCCGCGCCUCCGCUAGGGUUUCGAUCGGGACCCGACAAUGGAGCCCAGCCUGAACGAGCCCCACUCGAUGGGCACGACCAUCAUCGGAGUCACCUACAACGGCGGCGUCGUCCUCGGCGCCGACUCUCGCACCAGCACCGGGAUGUAUGUUGCCAACCGAGCGUCGGACAAGAUUACGCAGCUCACGGACAAUGUGUACGUUUGCCGCUCUGGAUCGGCGGCGGAUUCUCAGAUUGUCUCUGACUAUGUCCGUUAUUUCCUCCAUCAACACACUAUACAGCUGGGUCAGCCUGCAACUGUCAAGGUUGCUGCAAAUCUUGUGAGGCUGAUAUCUUACAAUAACAAGAACAUGUUACAAACUGGACUUAUUGUUGGCGGAUGGGACCAGUACGAAGGUGGUAAAAUUUAUGGAAUUCCUCUUGGUGGUACAAUCAUAGAGCAGCCUUUUUCUAUUGGAGGUUCUGGCUCCAGCUACUUGUAUGGAUUCUUUGAUCAAGCUUGGAGGGAAGGGAUGACCAAGGAUGAGGCUGAGCAACUGGUGGUCAAGGCUGUUUCCCUUGCCAUUGCACGAGAUGGUGCUAGCGGCGGUGUUGUUCGCACUGUUAUUAUAAAUUCUGAGGGAGUGACGAGAAACUUCUACCCUGGUGACACCCUUCCGUUGUGGCACGAGGAGCUGCCAGCGCACAACUCACUGCUGGAUAUUCUGAGUGCUCCGAGCCCUGAGCCAAUGAGCACCUAAAAGUGGCCGAGAGCCAGAUGCAACUUAACUUAUGUUGAAUCUCUUUUUCCCCUGUUGUUCUUAAAGCAGGAUCUCCAUGCAACUCUUUGCAGACUGUAUACAGCAACCUGUGUCUUUAGCACAUGAAAUAUCUUUUCCUGUGUGGUCUCAUUGAUGAUUAAACUCCAUCCGAGUUGCUUGGCUGCUGAUGGCUUUGUUGA